AUGCAGUCCGACCUCCAAAUGUCUCCUAUCGCCUGGCUUGUCAUUGCGAUUUUCGCCAGCAUCGUUCUGAUCAUUGCCUUAGUCUACCUGUUUGCCAUGAAGGUGCGACGUGACAAGAGAAAACAUGCUCGGAAAGCCGAAGGGGAUGAGAUCUUUGGAGGCAUCAUUGCGAACCCGAUCACAAAAUAA